AUGAGGAGCAUAUUGGAAGAGUCGAUGCUGGAAACGCGCAGCAUGCCUCUCGAAAAUCGACCGCGACUUCCCCGCAUACCCCUUAGCAAGCGAAAUCGGGCUGUCGUGCGGGCUCUUAACCCAAUGCUGGUGACCUAUUUGGAAGCCAGCCGGGACCUUUGCGAGACGGAUUCAAUUCUUUUUGGCGCCGCACUGGCAGUGUGCCGUAUUAUUGGCGCCAAACUUCCCGUGGCUGGACGUGCUACUCAAAAAAGUAGCGCCAUCCCAGCCUGGAGAAAAAGAAUUGAGGACCGUAUCGCAAAGGCAAGGGCCCUUAUCGGCAGACUGACAAGCUUCAGGUCGGGUAAUAAUAGACCGAGGAUUAUGCGCACCGUUAGGAUGGCGUUUGCUGGGACAAAUAUCAGUUUGUUCCAGCCGGAUAUCACGCAAAAACUAACGGAGCGCAUAGAUGACCUGACGCAAAAAAUCGCUGCUUGGGGGAAGCGGAUUCGACGAUUUAGCGAGAGGUCAAGGCGGUUCAACCAGAAUCGUCUCUUCCAGAGUGAUCAGAAGAGGCUCUAUAAAUCAUUGGAGCGACCAGAGGUAUGUGGAGCGGGCCCAGGACCGGAUCAGGCUGACACUGUCGCAUUUUGGCGUGGCCUGUGGUCAGAGCCCGUAAACCACAGCGAGGGCCCUUGGAUGGAAGUUGUGGCGAGCCAGAGUGCAAGUGUUACGCCUAUGGACCCCGUCACCAUAACGCCUGAAGACGUGGCUGAGGCGGUCCGUAGGGCCCCGAACUGGAAAAGUCCGGGGCUCGACGGGCUGCAUCAUUACUGGCUGAAGGGGUUCGUAGUGUGUCACGCUGUGCUCGCCCGACAGUUUCAAGAGGCUCUCGAUCAGAAGUCGCUCCCGAGCCUCUUCACUACUGGGAUCACUCAUUUGUUUCCAAAGAUCAGGAUACCACAGACCCGAGCAAAUACCGCCCCAUCACGUGUCUACCCACCAUAUAUAAGACACUGA